GGGCACCACAGCAACAUUUAGGAGGAGAAGAAGAAGACUCAAAAGACGCGGAAGUUUGUUUGUUUUUGUAAAAUCUGAUGUGAAAGUGGAGAAAACUGAGGUCGAAUGUAAACCGGUCGGCUGAAAAGGGAGUUAUUGCUUUAGUUUGAGUUGAAAUGCCGAACUUUAAGGAAUCAAUCGAUGCUUUAAGUCGCGUUUAUGAGCGAUAUACGGAGUUUGUUCGGAGGAAUCCUGCAGCUACUGCUCAGCUGGAGAACACGGUGCGAACCCUGUCCUACCUGAUAGCAGGGCGCUUCGCUGAUUCUCACGAGAUUUCKGAGCUUGUCUAUUCUGCCUCCAACCUGCUGGUCCUGUUCAACGACAGCRUCCUGCGUAAAGGCCUGCGAUGCGCCUUCUCCCCGCCUCUGUCCCAGCAGAGGCUCCUCACCUGGCUGUCAGUCCUGGAAUAUGUGGAGGUUUUCCUGGAGAUGGGAGCCGGGAAGCUGUGGGGGGAGGCGGGCCGCUGGCUGGUCAUCGCACUCAUCCAGAUUUUCAAAGCUGCUUUUCGUCUCGUUCUUCUUCUGCUGURUAAAUCCGGCCUGCAGACUUCACCUCCCAUAAUCCCCCUGGACAGAGGCUCUGAAUACGUCUCUGAAGACGACCCCAGCGGAGAGGAUGAUGAUGCCUGCUUUGUGGGUCAAAGGUCAGGCCGUGUAAUCAGACCUCUGGGCAGCGCUCCGCCCCUGCAGAGCCGGCUGUGGGGCGCGGCGGCGCCGGCGAGGAAGAGGAGGAGCAGCCUGAGGGAGAGCCGCCCGCCGACCGAGCUCAGCUUCCAGGAGACGCUGGCCGAGUCGGUUUACGUCAGCCGGCCGCUGGUUCACCUCCUGUGUCUCGGGGUUUGUGGGAAGCGGUCGUGGAAGCCGUGGCUCGUCUCCGCCGCCCUGGAGCUUUCCAGCUUCGCCGUCCUGAGCGACGCCAAGCUGGAGAACCGAUGGGAGAAAGCCGAGAUGAAGAGGCGGGCCUUCCUGUUGUGCUACUACCUGCUGCGCUCGCCGUUCUACGACAAAUACUCCGAGUGAGUCA